UUUUGACUGACGCAUUUGUUUUCUUUUUUGUACCUACGCAUAAAUAAAUUCAUAUCACGUCAAUUUAGUUUUGAAAACGUUCGUAUGUUUCACUAGUCCAUACUGAAGUUCACGUUUACUUGUAGUCAUUGGGUGUUCGAGGUGUAAUUUUCAAGGAUGCUGUGAAUCUUGCUUAACGGUUAUUUUAUUUACCUAUUGUAUUAUUUCAAACAGUCAAAACGUCUCGAGAUAAAGCGCUAAUAUUAAAAUGUGGGAAAUUUUGAUUUAUGCGUUUUCCAUGUUCAUGACCGGAGCAUUGUUGUUCCUCAUGGUAUACUCUAUUAUAACACUGUCAGAUCUCGAAUGUGAUUAUUUAAAUGCUCAAGAAUGUUGCAACAGACUGAAUUUUUGGGUACGACCAAAAAUUGUUGCACAAACCAUAAUAGUUGUAGGGUUUUUGACUGAUUACAAUUUUUGGAUGGCUCUUGUAAAUAUUCCAGCUGCUGCAUGGGUUAUUUAUGAAUUUGUCACCAUACCUAGAGGAAAUACAGGUUUAUUUGAUCCAACUGAGAUUCACCACCGUGGUCAAUUAAAAAAACAUAUGCGUAAUUUUGUAAUAUUUACCGGAUGGUAUCUUAUUACAUUUUUCUUCUAUUUAUACUUCAUGAUAUUGGCUAUACUAAAAGGCAAUCCCUUGGAGACUGAAGCACCUCAACAUGUCAACAAAUUCUAGUCUUUAUUUUGCACAUCCUAACAUUAAAUACAAGUUUUUUUUAUGUGUUAUUUAAGUUUAUAUGUAAAUAUUUGAUUGAUUUUAUUAAUAAUAUGCUUACUACAUUGUGUCACCAUUGGUUUUAUUAUAUACAGAUGUGCUAAAUUAUACCACCUUUUAAAAUAGGCAACUAGUUUUUUCUAACAAUAAUAGGUGUGUCGUGUGUAUCUGAUAAAAUAAAUGGAGCAAAAUUUA